AUGUGCUUCGACCUGGCGGACCAACGCAGACCGCACGGCAGCGGCGGCGGCGGCCGGGCGGUGAAGGACGGCGGCGAAGGUAGCAGCGGAGCGGCGGCGGGCUCGGCAAUGACAAUGGCGGAGCUCAUGUCCGGGUACUACCAGGCGCAGGAGAUGUCCACCAUGGUGUCGGCGCUGUCGCGGGUCGUCGCCGAAGACGAUCCCUGGGCGGCGGAGGCGUACCAGUGGGCGGCACCGGCGACGACUUCGUCCGGCGGCAUGGGCCUGGAGGAGCAGGCAAUGCGCGGCGGCGGCGGCGGGUACGUGCACGAGCUGGGGAGCUACCCGGGCGCGCCAUCGUCAGAGUUCGCAGGCUCGGACCACAGCUCUGACACCCAGAGCGCGACGACCAUGGGCGACCAGCACCACAACCCCACCUCCCCGGCGGCGGCGACCAACGCGGAGGCGUCCGAGGCGCCGCGCCGGCGGUACCGCGGGGUGCGGCAGCGGCCGUGGGGCAAGUGGGCGGCGGAGAUCCGGGACCCGCACAAGGCGGCGCGGGUCUGGCUCGGCACCUUCGAGACGGCCGAGGCGGCCGCGCGCGCCUACGACGACGCCGCGCUGCGCUUCCGCGGCAGCCGCGCCAAGCUCAACUUCCCCGAGGACGCGCGCCUCCACCCGGCCACCGCUGCCGCCGGCGCCGUCACCGCUGCACCGACCCAGGCUCCGAUCGCGGCAGCGUCGUCAGCCUCCCCGGCCGUGUACGCCGCCGGUGCAACCCAGGCAUCGGAGUACCUGCGCUACCAGAUGCUCCUGCAGGGGUCCAGGGACGCCGCCGCUGCCAACAACAACCAAGCCACCACCCUCCUCCCGUUCUACGGCGGCGCCAUGAGCAGCUCCUACGGCGGCGGCGGUGGCGUCAUGAGCAGCUCCUACGGCGGCGGCGUUGGCGGCCCCCCAAGCGGCUUCCUCGGCUCCUACUACUCCUUCCCGCCCUCCACCGUCUCCGUCGCCACCGUGCCCUCCUCCUCCUCCUCCGCCUCCUCUGCUCCGGGCAACUACUACGACCCGCACCAGCAGCAGCAGCAGAGCGACGCGGCGGCGGCGGCGGGGGCGGACUGGGACUGGCAGAGCGCGCUGGCCUCCUACGCGGGGACGACGGCCUCCUGGUCCGACUCCAGCAGCCAGCACCACCAUCAUCACCAGCCGCCGCACAACAACAACCAAUAGUGUAAUCGGAGAUUCUGCGCCGUUCUGGAAGAAUAAGAAGGUGUGUACGGACGCGGAUGGAGAUGGGCGCAGCCCAGCAGCAGGUGGAGUUCGAGAAGGAUGUCGUCGAUUGACAGCGAUCUGCUCAUUUUGUUCGUUCGUUGAUUAGUUUGGCUAGCGUGGGGUCAGUCAGUUAUCCCCUUAUUUUAUUUUAGUUCAGUUACUGCAACAAGGAUGGAAGAGCAAGCAUGUCUAGGAAGAUGGUGGCAUGGCUUGAUGCUCGAGGAUGGAGUUUGAACUUUGAUAGAUAGACAUAUUUGGGAAGGAUUUACUCCGGUUAUUCUCAAAGUUCUUUUAGGUA